AUGACCAGCGUUAGAGCUACACGAAAGUCAGCUCGUAUCGUAAAUAGAGAUACGAGUAUAUAUAAAGAUAGUAGCGAUUCAGAGGAAUCAGAUAUAGCCGCUAAUAAAAGUGAUGAUGAGUAUAUGGCGCCAUCAGAUGCGAGUAAAAAACGUAGCAGGGGACCCAGAAAACCAAAUAAGAAAAGCAAAACAGUCAACAGGGCUGCUCCUAAAUCUGUGGAGGAAUUGGGGACAGAUUUCGAAGAGAACCUCUUAUAUAAAGCAUUAUCGAAACCUGAUUUGUCUACACAAGAGCUUGCCUUGGAAUGGAUAGAGGAAUACAUUGAAAAUGAGGAGAAUAAUAAGGAUAGCGAGCUGAUUGCAUCGUUGGUGAAUUUGCUAUUACGAAGCUGUGGAUGCAUCUAUCUUUUGCAACCUCAUGACUUAGUUAAUUUGGAAUCGGCAGCGGAAACGAUUGGUGAAUUAACGAUAGCUUUUGAAAAGCAGCAGUACCAUGAGUAUCCAUUUAUUUCUAAUAACAAAGACUUGAAGUUUUUCAGGAAAAAUGUUUGUGAGUUUUUUGAGGAUCUAAUCUACCUUGCUCAUGAGAAGGGAAUAUUAUAUCAAGGAAAUGAAGACGAAGAAGAUAGUGACGAGGAAAGAGAAACGGUAUUAACUUCACCCUUAAUGAACAAAAUUUUGACUUGGCUUACGUCGCUCAGUUCAUGUACGGUCAGACCUUUGAGGCAUAUUUCAACGACAAUUCUCUUGACAAUUCAAACCAAAUUAUGUGAUAUUGUUGUGAGUAUAACAGCUACAUUGGAAAAAUAUCAACGUCAAUUAUCUAAUGCAACUAAUAAAAAUAAAGGAAAUAAAAAGUCUAGAAAUGGCAAAGCAGAUGCCAUAUCAAAAAAUAUUAAUAUUUAUCACAAUCACAAGGAAACUAUCUACGAAUAUUUCGGAGAGAUAACAGAAACCACAUUUAUUCACAGAUACAGAGAUGUCGACGCUUCAAUUAGGCAGGAGUGUUUAAGGCAGUUAGGCCAAUGGAUGAUAAUAUACCCUGACUUUUUCUUUCAGUCGUCAUAUUUGCGUUAUUUUGGCUGGCUAUUAUCAGAUCCUUCUAAUCAUGUUAGAGCUGAGGUUACUAAGGUUUUACUUAAAUUAUACAAGAAUGCAUCAAAUGGAAAUCAGAAUAUGAGUAUUGGUUUCAGGCAAUUCACUGAGCGAUUCAAGAAACAAUUGAUUAACAUGAGCAGAAAAGAUAGCGAUUUUAACGUCAAGUAUAAUUUAAUUGUUAUAUGCUGUGAAUUAUUGAAAAUAGGAUUUCUCGAAGAAAACGAUAAUUUACAAAUCACCCAACUAUUUUUUUACAUACUUGAUUAUGGAUCUGGAUUUGGCCAUGCAUCUGAUGAAAAAUUAAAAGUUGAAUUAAGUAGAUUCAUAAACCUUGUCAACUUAGAAAGCUCCAAAGUCGAAUUAGAAAAGUACUCUAUUUUCACCGAGAAUUAUGAAUCUCCUCAAUUUGGGAAUGGUCAUGGUAAAUUAAAUAUUAAUGAUUGUUUGAAAACGAAAAACCUAAUUAAGUUUUUAAAAAAGGCAUAUGAUAAUUAUUUGAAGAACAAACCUAUGACCGAAUCAGAAUUUCCAAAAAAUCGAAAUUUUACACCAAUAGCGACAAUUUUUAAGUCGCUUUAUAGAUUACCAUCUUAUACAAAGUCUUGGGAAUUUUUGGUUAGAUAUUUAUUGUUUGACUUAUCAUCCGUUAACUUUCAUCCAAAACUGGGGGAUAUAGAAGAAGGUAAUGUAGAAGUUACAGAGUUUAAGAAACUAUUAGAACUUUCUGGUGAAAGCGACUACUACUAUCUAUUGAAUUUCAUCAAUGGUUCUAUUACUUCAAUUUUUUCUUCAAAUUUUAAAAGAAGUAAAGAAGAAAGUGAAAGUGAAGAAAAUCAAACAUCUGUAUCAAUUAAAUUAAUUGACUACUUACCAGCUAUACAAAAAUCACUGAGUAAAUCAAAAGAUCAGUUUUUGAUUUUUUUAGACCUAUGGAACGUAUUAUUAUCUUCAUCGUCCCAUAGCGAUAAUAUUUAUAUGAUGUUCCAAAAUAUGGGACAAUUGAAUGUUUAUAACGAUAUCACUUCAAAAAUCAUUGGCUUUUAUCAAUCUUAUGAAUCUAUUGAUUUUGAAAACGAUGUUAUUUUUAAAGUAUUUGAUGAGUAUUUCAAUAAGUUGCUAUUAAAUUAUGAUAAUCAUAUGUCCCCAGUUCAAUCUAUUGAUAGUAAUACUCAAACAAAUAUCAUGAAUACCGAUAUUAGGUUAAAAAUUCAAAAUUUGUUGCAAGAAUUAAUUGCAGAAUUGAAAGAACUUUUCAGCUCAAAUAGACCAGCUGCAGAAUUUGAUGGUCAUGAAGUUUACGAUGAUGAGUUAGAAACUCAAAAAGCGGUUAUUAAUACUUUGAUUGAUGCAUCUAACCCAUUAGCAAAACUCGGAAAGUUAGGAAAUUAUGUGAACAUCAACGAGUAUAUUAGCAACUCUUCUGGUAAUAAUUCAAUCAUUGAAUUAAUGAUUUAUAAGGUUCUUGAUAAGCUAGAUAUAGAAAAAUUGACGGGUCAAUGGCCGAAUACUUUCCUACAAACAAUUGAUAGAUUCAUUGCUUCUUAUAAAGUCUCUCUAGAUUUUAUUUUGGUAUGGAAUUCUUGGAAAUUGGAGACUUUGAUUUAUGCCCCUGCUUCUGAAAACAAUAAUUCACAAAAUCAUUAUGAUAUUGAAUUGAUAUUUGAUGAUGUGAUUUUUGUAUUAAAAUCUAACUUCAAGAUUUUUAAGUCAUUUUUCAGCUCGAUUAAUUGUAUUCAUGAAAAAUCUUGUUCAUCUUCAUCCUUUAUCUCCAAUGAAAAUGCCUAUCUAAUGAUCGAAAAAUUGAAUGUUGUGAAAACGUUAGUAGCAGCUAAGGUAAUAGAUAUAAUUGUUUCAAUGAAGGUGUUUUAUAUCAAGUUUAACAGUAACAACAACUUCAAGAAUUUUAAUAGAUUUUUUGAUGACAUUGAUGGUAUGGGGAAGUACAUUAUUAACAGUAUUCCUACUGAAUUCCAAAACGAAUUACUUAAUAUUUUCCUUUAUAAGGAAUCCAAAUUGGCUAAUCUUCUUGAUAUUGAAUUAGAUAGAACAGAUAAUGAAGAUGUAAAUUUUGAAGAGUUUUAUAACAUGAACAAGGAACAAGAGCAUCCAAAUAGAAGCGGGUUUGAUUCUGACGAUGAUGACGACUUCAAUGCAGACGCUAGUGACGAGGAUGGUGAAAGAAACGAAAAGAUGAAAGCUAAAGCAAAGCUUGAUGAAUUAAAGAAGCAGCAAAAGAAAGAAGGUGAGAUAUGGCUCGCAGAAAAGGAUUUAUGUGUUUUUACAGUUAAAUUGUUUACAUUGAUUCAUUUGUCUAUGGUUAAUGAUUUUGUCUUGAAUCGGUUGACCUUGAACGGUGAAAAAAUAGGAGGCUUGUAUUAUAAGCUAUUGAAACAGAAUAAGGAACAUAUGAAUAUCUUGAAAAAUGGUGGACAGAAAACUUCAAAUGAUUCAGUAGCUGAAAAGGAUAAUACUGUUAUGACAGCUUCUACCAAUGUUUCAGAAAUUGACUUAGAUCUUGAUAUUGAUGAGGAAAGUCAAGUAGUCUCAUGA